UUUAAUCAGUAAAGUAAUUAUAGGUUUUAACAAGGAUAUAUUGGAAAUACUUUAAACGAAAAAUAUUAUUCUUCUUUGGUUAACUGACUGAAAAUGGAGUAUUUUCCGCUUAUUUGUGCACUUGAAUUUUUUAUUUUAUUCAUAUCUGAAGUAGAUUUAAGUCUCAUAACUGGAAAUUCGUUUAUGCGUAAUAAGGAGCUACUUGAAAGUGUAUUUAAUAAUUCAGCAAAAAAUGAAUUUUCACAAACAAUAAAGGAAGUACGUAGGUCACUUGUUACGACGAAUCAAAGUAAUAUUUGGGAUCAAGGUAUCGUUCCUUACGAAAUUGAUAAUGUUUAUACCGGGUUACAACGCAAAGUUAUCAAACAAGCUAUGCAGCACUGGGAACAACUCACUUGUAUAAAAUUUGAUAAAAGAAUCAAAGAGCUGCAUAAAGAUUAUGUAUUCAUCACUAAAUCAAAAUGCGGAUGUUGUUCACCAGUCGGUAGGCAAGGAACAGGUAAGCAAAUCAUUGGUUUACGAAACCGUUGCAUAUAUAUUGAUAUCAUUGUCCAUGAAUUGGGACAUGCAAUUGGAUUCUAUCAUGAACACCGACGUCCAGAUCGUGAUGACUAUGUUGAAAUUUUGUUCGAUAAUAUCAGUAAAGGCUAUGAAAACAAUUUCAAGAAAUUACUAGAAAAUGAAACCUCUACUUUUGGACAAGCUUAUGAUUUUGAGUCUAUAAUGCAUUACGGGAAUAGAGCGUUUGCAAAAAAUGGUUCUCUGAGUACAAUAAAAGUGGUGCAGCAAACUGACGGAUAUCGGCCAAUAAUCAAUCGAAGAUAUGCUCUUAGUCAAGGUGAUAUUGCGGGGGCAAAUCGUCUAUACAAUUGUCGCAAAUGCGGUGAGACUUUCACGACUUCUAAAGGUACUAUUAGAUUGCCAGCUUAUUCAAAUAAUCAAGAGCUAAGGGAUGAACCUUGUGAGUGGACAAUAAAGGUAGCAGAGGGUCAACGAAUACAACUUUCGAUAAAAUUUUUUGGUAUUAACAAUAAUACAGAUUGUUUAUCGAAUAGUUUACAAAUCCAAACUAGUUACUGGAGAAAUACUGAUAUUAUAGCUCAAUAUUGCGAAAAUGUGGAAACAACUAUUAUAGCUAAUAGUAAUAUUGUAGUAAUUCUUCUCAAGUUAAUGCACUACGAAAAAAAUGAUCUGGAUUUUGUGAUAGAAUACGAGGCCAUUUGCGGUAGAAAGAUUUUCGUGGAAAGUAAUAACACAAUUUACUUGGAGUCACCAAAUUACCCGGGAACAUAUCGACCCAAUGAAAUGUGCAGCUGGUACAUUGAUGUACCUUUCUAUCAUUUCAUAUCAAUGGAGUUUUAUUAUUUCGAUCUCGAAGAGACCCCAAAUUGUGAAAAUGAUGUUUUGGAAGUACGAGAAAGUAAUGAUUAUCGUGGAUCAUAUAUUAGAAGUUAUUGUGGAAAAUAUAAAAAAUUAAAAAUAGAUUCAAUAGGAAACCAAAUGUUCGUCGAAUUUUUUACUGAUAGUUCGAAAAAUGGAAACGGAUUCUCUGCUGCGAUUACCGCGAGAUCAAUUAAUUAUUAAUUUUUACGAUUUGCUGAUUAUUUUUGUUCAAAAAAUAAAAUACUCUGUACAGGAAUUUCUAUAACUUUUAUUUGUAUUAGAAAAAAAUUAAGGGGAUUUCAAAUUGACAAAUAAAAUUAGAUACUCUUUUCGGGCAAAAGGCUACUCCUCCAUAAUAGAAAAAAAAUCAACA